AUGGCUGUGGUGAAAGGGUUUCAGGAGCUGGUCCCGAAAGAGGAGGGAGUACUAGACAGACUGAAACUGGACAAUAAAACUGGAUCCCUGACCAUCACAGACACCAGAACUGAACAUGUUGGAGUUUAUAAACUACAGAACAAAGAUAUUAAUAUCAGGAGAGUCUAUCUUGAUGUCUCAGAUAAAAUACGAGUGGAUGAGGGAGAGUCCGUCACUCUGAGCUCUGGUGUCACUAAAAUAAAGAAUGAUGAUCAGAUUCAGUGGAGGUUUGGAACAAAAGAGACUUUAAUAGCAGAAAUCAAUAAACAGACCAACAGAAUCUCUGUAUUUGAUGAUGUUCUUGAUGGGAGAUUCAGAGACAGACUGAAACUGGACAAUAAAACUGGAUCUCUGACCAUCACAGACAUCAGAACUGAACAUGCUGGACUUUAUAAAGUACAAGUCAACAAUAAAAUCUACACUGUGAAACUUGCACUUCAGACUCUGCCUGUUCCUGUCCUCAUCUUCAACUCUUCUCAAUGUUCUUCAUCCUCAUCUUCAUCAGUGCUGUAUUGUUCAGUGCUGUGUUCAGUGGUGAAUGUGAGCACUGUGAGUCUCUCCUGGUACAAAGGAAACAGUUUAUUGUCCAGCAUCAGUGUGUCUGAUCUCAGCAUCAGUCUCUCUCUACCUCUGGAGGUGGAAUAUCAGGAGAACAACACCUACAGCUGUGUGAUCAACAACACCAUCAGCAACCAGACUCAACGUCUGGACAUCAGUCAACUCUGUCCCACAUGUUCAGACUCUGUUCACUGCUGUGGUCCUACUGAAGCUGCGAUCCGAUUGGUCCUGUCUGCUCUGGUAGGCGUGGCUAUUGUCAUUAUUGUGCUUUAUGACAUCAGAUCCAGAAGAGCUGAACAAGAUCAAGCACAUAUUGACGCAUCACAAACCUGAAUGAUGAUGUCAGAGAACUGCUUU